AUGGGUUACGGAAACAUAAGUCCGCGCACAGAGAGGGGCAAAAUUAUGACCAUAUUGUACGCUAUAUUUGGCAUUCCGUUGAUGUUAUUGUAUUUAACAAAUAUCGGCGAUAUAUUGGCCAAAGCCUUCCGCUAUGUCUACGGCCGGUGCUGUGUCUGUAAAUCGGAAUCUCGUGAUCGCAAACAGCUGUACAACCGGUCGGUGCGAUACGGCCUCAAUCGGAGCGUAUCGGCCGUCACUCCCGGUAUUCACCAGCGAAUGCUCGCACAGCCGACAAACUCGUUGCCAAACAGUCCCUUAUCUUCAUUAAACCGACCGAUGCAUCCGAUUCUCCAUCAAAUGAGUUCAGCGCCGCCACCAGGGAUUGGGGAUCAACAGACGUUGCAGACACUGACCAGAGAUAAUACAUCUCUGUUUCAGCGGCAGUCAAACAGAGGCGACUUAUCGGAGACGGGAGACUCAGCUCAUACGCCGCCGCCUCAUAACAACUCUCUAUGGGAGGGCUGGAACUUCUUGGACGGCGCCUACUUCUGCUUCGUUACGCUAAGUACUAUUGGUUUUGGAGACUUAGUUCCCGGGGCUUCGGUUGUUGGCAGCGAUAGUUCUCAAGAAAAGCUCUUCACUGAAUCGGCGUUUAAUUUUAACGUUAUUAACGAACGGACAAAGGAGUCGAGUCGAGUACAUGUGCCCAUCACUCUGUGUCUCGUAUUACUGACCAGUUAUGUCUGCGGCGGCGGAGUAUUGUUUUCUCUAUGGGAGGGCUGGAACUUCUUGGACGGCGCCUACUUCUGCUUCGUUACGCUAAGUACUAUUGGUUUUGGAGACUUAGUUCCCGGGGCUUCGGUUGUUGGCAGCGAUAGCUCUCAAGAAAAGCUCGUUAUUUGUAGCCUUUAUUUGUUGGCAGGAAUGGCAUUACUGGCGAUGUGUUUCAAUCUAAUGCAAGAGGAAGUGAUACAUAAAGUGCGGAGUUGUGGCCGAAGAUUAGGCAUUAUUAGUGAGAACAGAAUGGCAUUACUGGCGAUGUGUUUCAAUCUAAUGCAAGAGGAAGUGAUACAUAAAGUGCGGAGUUGUGGCCGAAGAUUAGGCAUUAUUAGUGAGAACAGAGACGAAGAGGAAUACGGCGAUGAGUUUGACAUGUCUUGAACUCAAGAACUCAAUAAUUUUCAUUUAAUAAGAAAAAAGAGAAGAGAAGUCGAGUCGAGGAUAAAGUUUUCUAAUUUUCUGAAUGAAUGAACACUUUUGGAGAGAAAAACGCUAUGAAAAGAGAGAGAAUAAAGUGAAGAGAAAAGAGAGGGAAAAGAAAGAGAGAUAGUGUGAGAGAAUCGGGAGAGUAUGAGAGUAUGUGAUGCGAUUCGGCAUAACUUUAUUUAAUUCACAUGAGAUAUAGAAAAUAUAUUUAAAAAACGCGAGAAUAUUAAGGGCUGCUGUGAAUAGACCCAUAGGGACUGGCAAUAGGCGACGGCCCUCUACUGUACUCUCGUGUGAUGUAAUCACUAAUAAUAAUAAUAAAACCUAAAGAAAGUGUUACAGAAAAUGAAGACAUGAAAAAGGCAAAAUGGUUGUUAAAAAAAGUAUUGCAAUAAGUAUUGAAACACAGAAUACGAUGGAUGUGUUGACAAUGAAAGGACAAUAUGUUUUGGUUUCGGACACUGACUUCAAUUCAUUCAUAAUAGCGAUCCGAUUAGAAGUUAAUUUUGAUAAAUAUGACGGCAAAUGAAACUCUUUGGACAUCUAUUAGUGAGAUUGUGGUCUAAGAGCUGACAAUAAUUCAAACGCACACAAAAAGCACAACCAAUUCCUAUCCGUCUUCUAACAGCUCUAAUAAAUUGCAACUCUUUUUUAUAUCACCGAAAAAAAUCUGUUGAAAUCUAUGUUAUAAUAAUUGAUUUGAAUCUUAUUUUUUGUGUGUCUGAGAGAC